AUGGCGAGCGAAAGUUGUACCGCUUCCCGACUACAAACAUUGCCGGAGUCAUUGCAGCAGCACGCCGAUUUCAUCAAACCCCUAAUGAAGCCUCUAAUCGCAAACCUAAGCACCACAUUCAAUUUCGACGACCAGAAUAUCGAAAGUGUACCUUUUGUCGAUCGGUACUUUCUACCGUCCGAAGCUCGCGCAUCAUUAGUGCAAGAGAUCUCAAAGUGUAUCGAGAACUACCUCAACUAUAACACGUAUGACGACUUUAAUCCAGGCUACUCGGUGAUGGGCCGAUUCGUAAACGAAGAUCCGAGGGAUGGGCCCUGGGCACCUGGGCUAACUCAAAAGGAUAACCACGGGGAUGAUAUGGGAGCUUCAACCUCUAAGAAUCUCAUCCAACAGGCCGCUAAAGUCGUAGGCGCGGAGGGAUUUGGUUGGGGAGCAGACCUGGGUAUGCGCGUGUCAGAGAGAUCAAGGGAGCAGAAUGGCGAUGCUUUUCUGGAGCAGAGAAUGGAGUCUACACACAGGAUUAUCACGCAAGGAGGAACGGCGUUCUUGGACCCAAGGAGAGGGCUCGUUUCAAAGGCUAUGUCGACUACUGGGGUAACGGACCAACAUAUACAUGCAAAUACUAUCAAGCCGCGUGGAUGUUCGAGUUAUAUUGAUGGCUCUACAAAACCGCGACAAAGUAAACGUCGUGCAUCUCCCGGAAAUAAUGGCAAAGGACUGUCUACAACAGGAGCAGGUACUCUGAAUCGGGUGCAUAGUACGAGCGCAGGUAGCGUAAAAUCGGCUCGUCGGGAAGCUAAAAAGCAGCAUAAAUGCCCCGACUGCGACGAAGUAUUUCCAUUUGAGGCGCGGCUAAAGAGUCAUCAAGCCGUUCAUAGCAAGACUAAAUGCAAAUGUCAUGUUUGUGAUUCGCUUUUUGGGCGAGACAGCUCCCUCAAAAGACAUCUCAACACUCCUGGCGCCUGCGAAAAGAAAAAGAUUACAAAGUUACGGAAUCAAUCAUUUCAGAACUCUCCUACGGCGCCGAGAGCUGGCAGUCAGCAUAACUACAACAACAACUACGAACUGGAUGCUACAGCUUCAACCUCUAGUCUUGUUGAUGGCAACUCAGUUAAUAGCUCGCCGCUAGAUACCCGGCAACCUACUCAAAAUUUCGGCCAGCAUCCAAAUUAUUCUUUAGGUUAUAUAUCACAGAGCCCAAAUUCCCAUUCCGCAAAUUAUGGAUCCGCGUACCAAAAUUUAAGCCCUCAAAGACCGGAGGGAUGGUCAUUAGAUCCUUUAGCCUACUGGGACUGCAAUACUUUUUCAUUUUCCUAG